UGUACUAAAUAUCGAAAAUUAAAAUAAACAUGACUUAGACAUGUUAGGAAGAAAUAAUGUUUUGGACCAGAAUGUUUUUUUGAUUAAACUGAAAACGGAAAAUUUAUUAACAGUUGACAAAUAUGGAAUUAUGGGUUAAUAUGUGUACAAAAUCUUCUAUUGUUGAUUGUUUUCUUCAUUAUCCAUAAAAAUGCCAGGUGCAAGGAGGGGCCUUGUGGCUCCACAAAAUACGUUUUUGGAAAACAUUAUUCGGCGAUCAAAUGGACAGCACAGCAGUUUUAUUUUGGCAAAUGCAAGGAUCAUGGACUAUCCUAUUGUGUACUGUAACGACGGAUUUUGUAAACUGGCUGGUUAUAGUAGAGCAGAAGUCAUGCAGAAAAGUAGCACUUGCAGUUUUAUGUAUGGUGAACUCACGGAUAAAGAUACGGUCAUUAAAAUUGAAGAAUCGUUUGAGGAAUUGGAACAAACACAAGUCGAAGUUCUCCUUUACAAGAAAAAUAGAACACCAUUGUGGCUGCUACUUCAUAUUGCACCAAUCAAGAACGAAAAAGAUCAGAUAGUUUUAUUCCUGUGUACAUUCAAAGAUAUUACUGCUCUUAAACAGCCAAUAGACGAAGAUGGAGCAAAAGGGCUUAGCAAAUUUGCUCGGUUAGCCAGAUCAGUAACUAGAAACCGUUCUACAUUAUUACAGUUUUCAUCCCACAUGCCAAACACGAAGUUUGAUAACUCGAGACCAUCUCAAAUAGCCAAUAUGAUGAACUUAAAUGCUGAUGUAUUACCACAGUAUCGACUAGAGGCUCCUAAGACGCCACCACAUAUCAUACUUCAUUACUGUUUAUUUAAGACAAUAUGGGAUUGGAUGAUUCUAUUGUUGACGUUUUAUACCGCAGUGACUGUACCGUACAAUGCAGCCUACCGAAACAAAACAAUGGACCAAGUACCUUUGUUGGUUGUUGACAGCAUCGUCGACGUUGUGUUCUUCGUCGAUAUCAUUUUAAAUUUCCAUACCACAUUCGUAGGUCCAAGUGGAGAAGUUAUAUCCGAUCCAAAAAUAAUCCGCAUGAAUUAUCUCAGAAGCUGGUUUGUCAUUGAUCUGCUUUCGUGUUUACCCUAUGACGUAUUUAACGCAUUCGAAUACGUAGAUGAACGCAUCAGUACAUUGUUCAGUGCAUUAAAAGUUGUCCGUCUUCUGCGUUUAGGACGAGUUGUGAGAAAACUUGAUCAUUAUCUGGAAUAUGGAGCUGCUAUGUUAGUUUUGCUCAUUCUCGUUUUCAUUUUGUUUGCUCACUGGUUUGCUUGUAUUUGGUAUUCAAUUGGAUUAGGGGAGCUUGGUGAUGGUAUAGAAUAUGGAUGGUUGACAACACUAAGCACCGUGACAAAUCAACCAUUUACACUGUCAAAUACGUCAGCAACAACUGAGUUUGGUGGCGGGCCUUCAAAAACAAUGCGAUAUCUUACUGCCUUGUAUUUUACUCUAUCAUGCAUGACUGGUGUAGGAUUUGGGAACGUAAAUGCUGCGACAGAAAACGAAAAAUUGUUCUCAAUUUUCAUGAUGAUAAUUGGAGCUUUGCUCUAUGCAACCAUUUUCUCAAACGUAACAACAAUAUUUCAACAGUUCUACGCAAACUUUGCUCGUUAUCAUGACAUGCUCAAUAGUGUCCGAGAGUUCAUGAAGCUACAUGAUGUUCCAAAAGCCUUAAGUGAGCGUGUCAUGGACUAUAUUGUAUCUACCUGGGCCAUCACAAAAGGAAUUGAUGCUACUAAGGUUUUGAAUUAUUGUCCGAAAGAUAUGAAGGCUGAUUUAUGUGUGCAUCUCAAUCGAAAGGUGUUUUUAGAGCAUCCUGGGUUUAGACUUGCAAGUGAUGGGUGUUUAAGAGCUCUAGCUAUGCACUUUAACAUGACCCAUAGUGCACCAGGAGAUUUAAUUUUUCAUCAAGGAGAAAGCCUGGAUGCCUUAUGUUUUGUUGUGUCUGGUUCAUUAGAAGUGAUUCAAGACGAUGAGGUAGUUGCUAUAUUAAGCAAAGGUGAUGUAUUCGGGGACAAUUUCUGGAAGGAACAAUCUAUUGGACAGUCAACAGCUAAUGUUCGUGCACUAACAUAUUGUGACCUCCAUACCAUAAAACGAGGGCGCUUAUUAGAAGUUUUGGAGUUUUAUCAUGCAUUUGCAAAUUCAUUUGCACGGAAUUUAACCCUUACAUAUAAUUUAAGACAUAGGUUAAUAUUUAGAAAAGUUGCCGAUGUAAGAAAAGAAAAAGAACUCGCUGAAAAGCGAAAAAAUGAUCCUCCUCUAGAGCUAUCAAGUGACCAUCCGGUUAGAAAGCUCAUUUCCAGAUUUAGAAAAAUAAGCGAUACAAAGGGAAUGCAAGUUUUGUCUGACCUUGAAAGGGGCAAAGAGACACCUGACAACUCUGAGAAACCUAGAGGGUUCACUCGUUUAAUAAAUGUCACAGAGGGAUCAUCUGAUACAGCCCCUCCUGCUAAGUUAGGAGGUGGUGCUUCCAAGUGGGGGAAAUUUCUAAAUGGUGGGCCAGUUGAGUUAACAUCCGAUGAUAAUCAAAAUAUUGUGACGACACAGAUUGAUAAAGAUAAAGACAAGGAUAAGGAAGAUGGCACGAAAACUCCUUCAGAGGCACCAAAAGCUACAGUAAAACCAUUGUCAAAAUUUGGCAAGCUACUAUUGAGAAGGGGAAAUGAUUCAAUUCCUGAGGAAGAUGACGAAAAAGAAAACAAACAUGUGAAAACACAAUUACAAAAAUCGGCUUCUGGCGACAGUGGUGUAGCUCGAAGCAAUUUAAGAAUAGAUUCAAUUUACCAUGAUAGCAAUGAAGCAAUUUCUUCUCAGAGAGACUCUAUAGGCAACUUAUCUGUUGGUGAGAGACAAGUAUUGACAUCACUUUAUGAUAUUCAAUUAGACUUGAAAGAAGAAAUGGAGUUUUUACACAAUAAGAUAUCAAGAAUAGACGAUCAGUUAGCAGAAAUAAUAAGACUAUUUUCUCCACGUUCAACACCUUAUUCACAUAGUUCGGUAUAUCCAGACUCUAAAACAACUUCCCCGAAAAAUACUUCAACGCAUAGUAUUGAUCAAUUGUCGGUCGAAUCCUCACCGAAACGUAACGUUAUAGUUCCUAAAACUGUGAAAACGUCAAUAGAUUCAUCAACAGGUCCUCAGUCUUCUAAAUCAUCUGUCGCUUCUGUACCGGAAAAAAAUUCAGAUUCUUCAGGCAGUCCAUCUAGGUCAUCCUUUGGCCGUAAGUCCAUAAUUCAUUUAUCACAAGAACCUUAUCUUAAUUUAGAUACUGCACGAUCAAGAUCUACUUCAGGUGCUUCGUCUCCAUUAUCAACAUUCCAUACAAAUGAAUCUGAACAGGCCGAGUCUCGUGAUGGUGAUACAUCGUGUGGUACUUCUGAUCACAGUGCAAGUAUAGCCACAAUGGCCGACGAUGUCUUGAAACUGAAUCUACAUUCGAAACUUUCAAAAAUUAGUCCUAAAAGAUCUCGAACAAAACCGGGACAACAGCUUAAAUAUAGCUCAAAUUUUAUAAGCAAUGCCCACCAGCAGCAGGCUGGAAAUAAAGACACGGAUAGCAAUAGAAACUCGCCACAUACAGACAUUUUAAAAUCAUAUCAUUUAUCAAGUGAUGACGAUGGCAGUCAUAUAAAAGAUAGAGACUUGGAUAUUUUAUAGACAGAGUUUGAUCAACUUUCUCGAGGGCUUUCAUAGAUAGAUUAUUGAUUGUUGCGAUAGAGUUUGUUAUCAUAUUAGAAAGAAAAAGUUUUACAUACUAAGUACAUUAAAUGUGUUGUUUGAUUAAUGAUUGACAAAUAUGUCAGGGAUUAGUUUGGAAUCAGGAUUCAAUAGCAAUGUGUAUGUCUCGAAUAUUGGCGAAUUAAUGACUGACAUUUGGUAUGCGUUGAACUACAAUUUUGAAUAUGAAUACCAUAACAUUUAAAGAGUCUUGUGAUAUUGUGUUCGCAUUGAGAAGAUUAAGGCGUGCAUAUAUGGUAUAUUGUUAUCGUAGUAAUUUUUCUUGUUCGUCUUAUUCCAAUUCUUUCGUCAUGAAUUUAUUUAGUGAAAAAUGGAAGCAAUCAUCUUCCAGUUUUUUUUAUCGCUCGUAAACAAUAUCAAUCCAUGAUUAUGGCAUGUGUGCUUGUGUUUUGAUGCUAUCUAAAGGAUUAAAGUCAGCACAAGUAUUUUAUUUGAAAUUAAUGAAUUAAAAAUAUUUUUCCAUUGUAUUGUUGAGAACAUUUAAUAACAAAAAAUCACUCCCAUAACUAUGCUGCAACAUACUUCAUAAUAAAUUAUAAGAAUAAAAAUGUAAGUCCAUGCAGUACAAAAUAAUUAUAAGAUUAAAAAAAGUCAUUGCAGUACAAAUAUGUAUUUUGACGUAAUGUGUUAACAAGUAUCAUAUUCUAUACUAAACAAUUAAAUUUUCAAAGAUAGUUUACCUUUAACUUAUUCAAAAAUGAAUGAUUAAGGUAAAAAUAAUUAAAAAAAUUACAAUUUUCUACAAUUUUUCAUUUUCUAGAUUUUGGAAUUUGAAACGUGAUGAAAUCAAUGUCCUUUGUAUUUCAAUGACACAUAUGCAAGAUACAAGGUGAAUUAAUGACAGUUUAAAAGUCUUAACUUUAGACGAGAGAAGUAUUUUAAUCAUAUUUAGUAUCUAAAUAUUUUCUGAGUCGUUAUGUAUAGGAAAAUGCAUUUAAGAUGUCUUGUUUUAAAGUCGUAAUAGCGUUAAUGCCGAAUAUAUACCAAAAGAAUCUCAAAAUAAAAAUGGAUUAAUCUUAACAUGUUAGUUUUCACUUGCUACAAAAAGAACCCCUUUUUGCAUAUUUGUACUAGCACUGAGUCGAUAACAAUGCUGCUGAACUGUUAGUAAAUGUGGUUAUCAUCUGUUAAAUAGUACAUAAGCUGGCAUGGUUUAUGAUUUAUUUUUCUAAAAUAUCCCGUUGAAAAUUUCGAAAAAAAUACGGUUGUAACUCCCUCAGGCAAAUUUGACCCUAGCUAAAUUUGGUUUUCCUUUUCGGUCCCAACUUCGUCAUGCAUACGUAUUUUUACAUCCAUAGCUUUCAAAUAUUUGGGUGUGAGCGUUCCUGAUGAAGGUAAAUACAGAAUAGCGCUUCGGACGAAGGAAAUUUAUAAAGUAAUAUUUUCCAUUGUCACAAAAACUGUUAAAUGUUUUGCUUUCUUGAGAAUUUCCCUGUGUGUGUGGUGCAAUUCACUUUGAACAAGAGCAAGGGAUGUACUUCAUACUUAUUCAAUUCUGUUAAUUUUCAUUUAAUAAAAUGAAUGACGCAAAUAUGCAAAAAAUAUGGAAAUUUGUAUUAUAAUGAUUGACACUGCACUAUUCGUAUUAAUAGUGGAAAAUUUUUAAACAAAGAGUAAUGUUUUGUAAUAAAAAUCAUGACAUCAUGACGGUUGCUACGGAAAUUAUAGACAAUCUCAAUAGGAAGAAGGGUUUGCGAUCUUCUGACGUUAAUUUCUAAAACAAUAAAUUGCUUAAGCACACAAACUUCCUUGUUUAUAUAAAGGAAAAGUAGCAAUCCAGAAAUUUUAAGAUUUAUCGUCUAUGGUGGUAAUAAUGCUACCGUUUUUCAAGCAGACAAUUGUUCAACAUUACUACUUGUGGACAGUACCUAUUAUAUGUCAAUUGAUAAUGUCAUCGUAAUGUCGUAAAUGACUUAUCUACACGGACUUUGUACGAUUCUAAUGUAGGGCAGUAUUUGGAUAUAGUUAAACAAGUUUAUUUAAAUUGUGACGAGUACAAUAAUUACCGUCGUCAUACCGAUUGUUUGUAAUUGUAAGCUUUCCAUCAAUUAGUAUACUCGCGUCACCAUGAUUACAAGAUUGUUUACUUCGCAGAGUGAUCCUUUCCUUUCGAGUUAAAUUAUAAGGUCACACCCCCACCCCCAAAAAAAACCACUCGUUCCUGCGUGUCUAUACCUUUGCACCUAGCACAAACAUUUCACAAAUGAUUGGUAUUGAAAUAAACUGAUUACGCUAAAAUUAAUUUGAUUUUUAAUUUAUUAUACAUAUUAAUUGUACACAAUUCAUUUGAACAAUAUGGCAAAGAUGUCGAAAAAUCAAACAUUGUUUAAAAAGAGACAUCAGUUUUAUCGUUGCCUAUUCACUUUUUGUUUUAAAUCGUUUCAACUGAUAUCAUAGAUUUCAAUCUUAUAUUUACAUUUAAUUUAAAUCAAAUUAAGUAUUUGAAUUAACUUGCUAUGAACAUACAUGCAAUCACUCAAUUCAGUGUAUGCUUUGCUGUACUAGGACCUUUCGGUUUGAUUCGAAAAAGCUUUUUUACUGAAAUAAAGUACACGUUAGUCAUAAAAAUCAUCUAAUUUUUUCCCUAAUGAAUUUAACAGAAUAAAGUACUAAUGUAUAUGAAGUUAUUUGCUAUUAAACUGUAUUUAUUUAUGUGUAUAAAUCCACUCUACAAUAGUUCUUAGACGUAUUGUGAGGAUGCUAGCUAUAGUCCGAACAAUAUAACUUACUUAUAUUUUUUACAAUAAAGAUUGUUUACGCUUAUUUCAGAAAAAUAUGUUUCCUUUGUACAUAAUGCACAUUCCAUACCUAUUGUAUUUUUGCUACCUUUAAUGAAUUGUUAAACAUUUAUCAACUCAAAUUAUUGUGAUUUUUAACGUUCAUACAUAUCUUUCACUAAUAUCAUGUUAUUUACUGUUAUUUGAUCAUUACAAAUUUUACUUUUUCAUCGUUAUAUUGAAUGAAAAUAUGAUUUUUAUCCCAAA